GACGCGCACCAUCCCCGUGCGUUCAGAAGAGGUGCAGCUGCCGGUGGAAGGGGAGCGACGAAGAGGAGCGGAAAAACAGACAGCACAACCUCACCGCAGGAGACCAUUUCUUCCUUGACUGCUACAAACGUUCGUUUCCAGAAGACUUUAUUUUUUUUUUUCCUUUCAGACGGUAAAGGUUCCUAAUAUGUGUUGGAUUUAACGCAUCCAAACAGAAAAAAAGGAAUACCAGACUCCUCUGGUGGAUGUGGACACCUGAGCUAUAGACAUGGAAAAUAUAGUGAAUUUGUUUUUUUCUAUUCUUCUGGUUUUAUGGGUAUGCGCGUUUGGAGGUUCGCCCAGUGUUCAAAUUGGGGGACUUUUUCCGAGGGGCGCGGAUCAAGAGUACAGCGCGUUUCGGAUAGGAAUGGUUCAAUUUGGAACCUCGGAAUUCAGACUGACACCCCAUAUCGACAAUCUCGAGGUCGCCAACAGUUUCGCUGUGACCAACUGUUUCUGUUCACAGUUCUCAAGAGGAGUUUAUGCAAUCUUUGGAUUCUACGAUAAGAAGUCUGUUAACACCAUCACGUCAUUUUGUGGCACACUACAUGUCUCCUUCAUAACGCCCAGCUUCCCUCUGGAUGGAAAUCAGCAGUUCAUUAUCCAGAUGCGGCCUGAUAUAAGGGGGCCCCUCCUCAGCCUUAUUGAGUACUACAAGUGGGACAAGUUUGCCUAUCUAUAUGACAGCGACCGAGGCCUCACCACUUUGCAGGUUGUUCUGGACACAGCAGCAGAAAAGAAGUGGCAGGUGACAGCCAUCAAUGUGGGAAACCUUAAAGAUGAGAGGAAAGACGAAGCUUACCGCUCUCUCUUCCAAGAUCUGGAGAACAAGAAAGAGAGGAGGGUGAUCUUGGACUGUGAACAGGACAAAGUGAAGGAUAUCAUGGAGCAGGUCAUCACAAUCGGGCGCCAUGUCAAAGGCUAUCACUACAUCAUUGCUAAUCUGGGUUUUGUUGAUGGAGACCUUUCCAAAAUCCAGUAUGGUGGAGCCAAUGUUUCAGGCUUUCAGAUUGUUGAUUUUGAUGAUCCUUUGGUUUCAAAGUUUGACCAACGAUGGGAGGCCUUGGAGGAAAAAGAAUAUCCAGGAGCAGACAGUAAAAUAAGGUACACAUCAGCACUGACCUAUGAUGCUGUACAGGUGAUGACAGAAGCUUUCAGAUAUCUACACAAACAGCGCAUUGACUUUACCAGGAGGGCCAACACAGGUGACUGUCUAGCUAAUCCAGCUGUGCCUUGGGCUCAGGGAGUGGAAAUCGAGCGAGCUCUUAAACAGGUCCGCGUCGAAGGCCUUUCUGGAAAUAUUCAGUUUGAUCAACAUGGCAAGAGAGUCAAUUAUUCAGUGAAUAUAAUGGAAUUAAAGAGUAAUGGUCCUGUUAAGAUUGGAUACUGGAAUGAAGUUGACAAAAUGGCUGUGACCAAAUCAGAUGUCUUUACCAAUGACACAACAGGAAUGGAAAACAAAACAGUUAUUGUCACCACCAUCUUGGAAGCUCCGUAUGUCAUGCUGAAAAAAAACGCUGACCUUUUCGUGGACAAUGAGCGCUAUGAGGGUUACUGUGUUGAUCUGGCUGCAGAGAUAGCCAAACACUGUGGCUUCAAGUAUCAGCUGAAAAUAGUGGGCGAUGGAAAGUAUGGAGCCAGAGAUGCAGAAACCAAAAUCUGGAAUGGAAUGGUUGGAGAGUUGGUGUAUGGGAAGGCAGAUAUUGCAGUGGCCCCUUUGACCAUAACAUUGGUACGAGAGGAAGUGAUCGACUUCUCUAAACCCUUCAUGUCUCUGGGAAUCUCCAUCAUGAUCAAGAAGCCUCAGAAAUCCAAACCGGGAGUCUUUUCUUUUCUGGACCCGCUGGCUUAUGAGAUCUGGAUGUGCAUUGUUUUUGCCUACAUUGGAGUCAGCGUGGUGCUGUUUCUUGUCAGCCGCUUCAGCCCCUAUGAGUGGCACACUGAGGAGUACGAGGACGGGCAGAUCCAGACCAAUGAAUCAACUAACGAGUUUGGCAUAUUUAACAGCCUGUGGUUCUCACUUGGAGCCUUUAUGAGACAGGGAUGUGACAUCUCUCCCAGAUCCCUGUCUGGGCGUAUUGUUGGUGGUGUCUGGUGGUUCUUCACUCUAAUCAUUAUCUCCUCCUACACGGCUAACCUGGCUGCCUUUCUGACUGUCGAGAGAAUGGUUUCUCCCAUUGAAAGUGCGGAGGAUCUGGCCAAACAGACGGAGAUAGCAUAUGGAACUCUGGACUCUGGCUCCACUAAAGAGUUUUUCAGGCGCUCAAAAAUUGCCCUCUUUGACAAAAUGUGGACAUACAUGCGCAGUGCAGAACCCUCUGUGUUUGUGAAAACCACAGCCGAAGGGGUCCAGAGAGUCCGCAAGUCUAAGGGGAAGUAUGCCUACCUGUUGGAGUCCACCAUGAACGAAUACAUCGAGCAGCGAAAGCCGUGCGACACCAUGAAGGUUGGAGGUAACCUGGACUCCAAAGGCUACGGGAUCGCCACGCCGAAAGGAUCCUCAUUAAGAAAUGCGGUUAACCUCGCAGUACUAAAACUGAAUGAGCAAGGCCUGUUGGACAAAUUGAAAAACAAAUGGUGGUACGACAAAGGAGAGUGCGGCAGCGGGGGAGGUGAUUCCAAGGAGAAGACCAGUGCCCUAAGCCUGAGCAACGUGGCUGGGGUCUUCUACAUUCUGGUUGGCGGACUCGGUUUGGCCAUGCUGGUGGCCUUGAUUGAGUUCUGUUACAAGUCCAGAGCCGAGGCGAAACGAAUGAAGGUGGCAAAGAAUGCACAGAAUAUUAACCCAACUUCCUCGCAGAAUUCACAGAAUUUUGCAACUUAUAAGGAAGGUUACAACGUAUAUGGGAUCGAAAGUGUAAAAAUUUAGGGGGGAGUACUGGGGAGAAUGGUCGGGUGAUGACUCCAGAGUUUCCCAAAGCUGUCCACGCUGUCCCGUAUGUGAGACCUGACAUGGGACUAAACGUCAGCCUGACAGAUCUAUCCUGAUCACUGAGAAACUCCUGAGUGCCUUACAAUGGUUUUAAUAGAGUUUUUUUUUUUUUUCCUUUCUUCCCUCGUUUCUGUUCCGGCACUAUUUUUUGUUUGUCUUGUGAAAAAGUAAAGGUAUGAGAUUGAGUUUUCUUUUUCUCUCACAAAGACUUUUACUUUUACUCUCUAUCUACAUUUUACAUAAAAACGCUUCCCUUGAUGGGUGGAAUUUUACUCAAAACAUUAAGAGGUGGCUUUUGUUUUCUAAACUUGUGAUAUCAUGCUUUCCUACCUGCUUGAACUGGACUGAGACAGAAGCAAGGGCUUGAUUCACAGCUGCAGUUUCUCCUGGGCAUCAGCGAUUCAGUCAGCCCUGCUGUAUCUGUGUGCCUGAAUAGUGUGAGUAUUUGUGUAUCUGUGUGAGAGAGUGUGUAUGCGUGAGAGAGACAAAGGGGAAAAUAUUGUUGACCACUGUUUCUGUAGCCCCCACCGCCAAACUGGAUUUUCAAGCACACUUGAUAUUAUCUCCAUUAAGAUGUGAAUUGGUUGUUUGUUUUGGUAAGAAAAUUUCCAGAAGAAAAAAAUAUAUAUAAAACUUUUUUUUAUGUAUUUUCACAGAAUAGCUUUUAAAUAAUCUUGCGUACAUACUGGCUGGAUAUAAACAACUUAACAUGCGAGUUCAGAGAAAGAAAAAGUACUAAACAGCUUCUAGUUCAAUAUUUUGAAAGCCAAAUACAUUGCAUAAGAGAGUGAAAUCUAAAAGUCAUGUAAUUAAUUCUUGAUAAAAACAUUCCUGUAUAUUUUAUUCUUUAACAUUAGGUGUUGAUAUGAUCUAUAUGUCAAUGCUUGACAUUUGGAAAUAAUCCUUCUUGGCUUUUUGUUGUUGGAGUUGUUGCAGAAAUGUUACUUUAUUCUUUUGUCUCUGUUUGCUUCAGUGCUUUUGGUGUUUGUAUUUUUUCUAAUUAGCAUCGGGGUAACCACUCUGUUUUCAACAAGAAACUAAUCUGUUUACAUACCAUGAAUGGAAAACAAUGAACAGUAUGAUAUGGUAUUAAAGCAUUACAUUCUGAAGUGACAUCAAGAGGAGGCAUCCACAUUCAUAUGGCUUAGGCGAUGCUUCAAAAUGCCAAAUAAGUAAGAGUGCCAAAUUCUAGUGCCAGUAGAUAUAACUAUAGUCUUACAAUAAUGACUAAUUGUCAUCUCAGUGAAUGUAAAUGAAUCUGAUACAUUCUGUAACUUUUGUAUCUAGGUGUACAGUUGGUGGCAAUGACAGUGCUAAUAACAAUAACCUUUUUGCUUUGUUUUUCCGUCUCCAUAUAUUUUGCAUUGAUCUGAUAAUGAAGUAGCACCAAUUGCAUGUUGUUGCCGCAUAUACUACAUACGUUUAUUUCAUUGCUGCCAAGCAUCUGUUUUAAUUUUAAUUUUGAGAUUGUGAGGUUAACUGUUUAAAAUUGGAAUUAUAUUGUAAGACAUAUAUAUAUAGUUAUACACACAAUAUAUACAUAAAACAUAUAUUUUAUAUAAAAAGUUGAAAUAUUAAAAAAUGAUGUCCUGUUUCAAAAGCUACUUUUCUUCCAUGUAAUACUAAAUUUACUUGUAAGAUUUCUGAAAAUACUUUAAAUUUUUUUAUUGAGUUCUGUUUUGCACAUUUUUUAAACAAGCACAUCAAUCUUCACUUCCCUUUCAAACUCAACCUAAACUGUUUUAUUUUUCAGUGUUGUUUCUUAAAAGUGACAUUAGAAACACAAACCAUAGUUGCUAAUCAGUUUCAUUGCAUAUUCAGGCUUAUCACUGACAUUUUGUAUAUGGAAUGUGUGCUAACUUCUUUAUUUUUUGGAACUAUUUCUAAAUAAAGGUUGCUGAUUUCUUGUUA